GUCCUUCUUACUGGCCAGGAAGGGGGUCCAGAGUCCAGGUGUGACUCAUCUCCCACCUCUCCAAGGCUGAGAUUCCAGCUUUGCAACAGAAAACAACACUUCAGCCCCAGCCCAGCAAGAGCCAGAGAGGCAGCUUUCCUACUGCCUCCCUCUGCCAUGGAUUACCUCCCAUCCUUGAACCCCAAAGACCUACUCAGGUCAGUAUCCAACGUGAGCUCUGAGUUUGGCCGUAGAGUCUGGACCUCAGCUCCACCACCUCAGCGACCUUUCCGAGUCUGUGAUCACAGGCGGACAAUUAGGAAAGGUCUAACAGCUGCCAGCCACCAGGAACUGCUAGAUAAGGCACUGGAGACCCUGUCACUGAGUGGAGUGCUAACACUGGUAUUAGAGGAGGAUGGGACUACUGUGGAGAGUGAGGACUUCUUUCAGCUGUUGGAGGAUGACACAUGCUUGAUGGUGUUGGAGCCAGGGCAGAGCUGGAGCUCCACCAGGAGUGGGAUGCUGUCAUAUGGCCUGGGCCGAGAGAAGCCAAAGCACAGUAAGGACAUUGCCCGCAUCACCUUUGAUGUGUACAAGCAAAAUCCUCGAGACCUCUUCGGCAGCCUAAACGUCAAAGCAACAUUCUACGGGCUCUACUCUAUGAGUUGUGACUUUCAAGGAAUGGGUCCAAAAAGAGUACUCAGGGAGCUCCUCCGUUGGAUCUCCAAGCUGCUGCAAGGCCUUGGCCAUAUACUGCUGGGUAUUUCCUCCACCCUUCACCAUGUAGUGGAGGGAGCUGAGCACUGGCAAUGUCAGCGUCGCCUCCAUUCCUGCUGAGAAGGGGGCCUGAGCUUUUGCCCCCAGACUCAUUCUACGAGACAUGUCGUGAGGACUGUGACAGCAUCCAGCUUCAGGACCUGUAGACAGUGCAGACUAAACAACACCCAAAUCCCCCACUGUCUUCUGACCCCACUGUGAUAGAACCCAUCAGCAUAAUCCUUUACUCCCCCAACCAAACUCUUUCCUAAAUACGCUAUCCCAUCCUACCCAUAUUUCCAGCCUCCCACUUACCCUGAAAGGCCCCAACCUGUCCCCAGUCAUCUAGAUUUAGGAAAUCCCCCUAAACUGCUGCUACAUCUAUAUCCCUACCAACUCCUCCUGUCCCUAAGCUCCCCACAUUGCUGACAGCCCUCUGACUUUAUCUUGAGAUCUCUAUUUCCUCAAAUCUUUCAUCUAAAAAAAAAAAAAAA